CCUGGCAUCUAGAUUGUUCACAGAUCCUCACUAGCUGUUAGCAUAUCAAAAUUGUUCGAUAAAUAUUUGAACUGAAGCGAAGUCACCAUGUAAGUUAAUUGUUUAGAAAAAAAGGAUGAACGAAGACGCGACACAAGACAUUUCGCAAUACACUGUAAGGGCGUAACCAGGAGGGACAGUUUCUAUGAAUUAACCUGUGGAUAGAGAGGAUAAUGGACAAUCCCACUUCCCUGCGUCAGUCGUAAACAGGAUAUUUUGUGACCUCCUUUACCUGUACAUCCAGGACUGUGGUUAGGAUAUCUCAGAGCUCGACUACACAGAAGGGUAAGUAGUCUUUUUACAGGUGGAGCUUACAUUGUGGUUUUCUCACCUGGUGCCUCUGUGUCUUCUGUAGCUGACAGGACAAACCACGACAAUCUUGAGACUCGCGUUAGUGAAGUUUUGUGACGAGAAUUUUAUACGAACUUUGGAAGCGCAAAUAACUUGUGGUCCAUUUGUUUCACAGCCACAGUCAGAAAAGGAAGGAAGAAUGUCUGGUUUCGGAACCAAGUACUGGAUUGAGAUGCUUUCAGACAGAUGUCGAACAGGGUACUUCCCCGGUGAAAUUAUAGAGGGGUAUCUCUUCAUUCAGUCAGCCUCUCCUGUACCACUAUCAGGCCUCUACUUGCUGCUCACCGGCAAGGCCACAGUUCUGUUAAGGAAGUUUGAAGGCAAAAAAGUAACGAACCUUUUCCAGCACGAGUCUUACAUCACCAAGAGGGAAGACGUGAAGGAUCUGAAGAGCUGUACGGAUCCCCCCAGGGUACUGCCAAACACCAGCGUGCUUGAGUUCCAGUUUUUUCUACCUCCGGGCUUACCUCCUUCCUUUACAAGUCCGCUGGGAAACAAGGGACACGUGGAGUACCGCCUCGAAUUGAACAAGUCUAUGGGAACUAGUGAAAAGACACUUUACAAAUGUGUCAUCCUGGUUGCACCUUUUCUGUCUCUUGCAGGAAAUGUAGCUGCUACAUUGCCGGUUUCACAAGAACAGCAUCAUGCUCGCCACUUUUGCUGCGGCGCCGACAGGAACAUCACCGUCCAGGCCAGCAUCACCCAAGCUGGAAUUCUCGCAGGAGAGAGGAUUCCUUUCCGGGCGGUGAUCACAAAUCAUUCUGACAGUUACAUCAAGUCGUCCCAUGUCACUUUGAGACACCGGUGGAUUUGGUAUUCCAUUGGUCAGACGCACACAAGCUCACGAACAGUCUGGUCGUUCAAGCAAGUGUCACGUGGUGCCAUCCCACCUGGUGGCAGCAUGACGUGGGGUGAGAAUGAUGAGCCUCUGGUGUUGCCGAGCGACCUGAUUCCUACUGGCCCUCCAGGAUGCUCCAUAAUGAUGGUCUCGUACGAGCUGUGUCUCACUGUCAUCCCAAAAGGAAUGGUCAAAGACAUGAAGCUGCUGUUGCCUAUCAUCGUGGGCAGCGCCAUGCCACCAGAAGUGCAGGCGACGGUGGAGAGAAACACAGCCUCCUACUCAGCUUUGCUUCGAGGGGCCAUCUUGUACACCUGCUAGAAAACGCCGCCAGAGAGAGAUCACCAGUCUGAGGAAAAAAUAUAAUAAAACAAUACAUGAGGUUUCUUGCCACCUUUCUCUAAAUAUGUGUUCACGGAAAUUACCCAACUAUGUGAUACUGCUAGGAAAUGUUCACACAUACAUGAGAGUGCCCAGACAUUUCAGAAAGCUUUGGCGGAGCCACUUCUAUGAACCAAAAACUUCUAACCGAAAAUAGUUUUGUUUUUGGACCCCUCUCGUCUUCUAUUUUCCAACUCAAUCAUCCCGUGAUGCGACUUGACCUUUGACCAUUAACAUGACAAACCAACAAUCUGCGAAUUUCUAGUAACUUACGUUUAACUUUUUUUCCACAGUUUUGCAACAUAUUUUAGUUCAUAAACUGUGUUGAAGCUUUUGCCGACUUUGAUUGACUUUGAUGACACCAACAUCGCUGAAUAUAAACUGAUUCUAAAAACAGAAAUAUUUGUGUGGUAUUUAUGAUGACUAGUGAAUUUGUACAUCUGUAAACUUCUGUCAUAGCAAUUCGUACUGUAUUGUGUGUGUGUGUGUGUGUGCGUGCGUGCACUACUUUGAUAUUUAUCUUUACCUAAUACACACAGCUGCAGGGCUGUAUUGUAUUGCUAUAUCUCAGUUUUUCUGUGUUUCCGUGAUGCGUGUGAAUGAAUACAUGUUUGUAGCUGGAAAGUUUUAAUUUUGUCUUUGGAAUCUGUUGUCUUAUUGAUAGUUAUUUCUAUUUGUUAAAACUUGUUUUUAUCUUUUGAGAGAAGCUGUUUGUGUUAAUCUUUUCUUGAGGGUUUCACUUUUAUUGUUUUUUUGUGUGUGAGAGAUUAGUUUUUGGAUUGUAAGCGCUGAAAGCAAUCGUCACUUAAAUUACAUGGGGCUAUUAUUAUUCUUUGACUAUUGAUAUUAGACUGUUGAUAUUGGACUGUUAUUAUUAUUAGACUAUUGCUAUUUCCCUAUUACAUUUUAUGCUCCUAUUAUUUUUCACUCUUGAUAUUUGAUUUUUAUAAAGCUAUUGUCUUUUUCCAAUUUGGCUUCUUGUCUGCCUUUUUGUUUUAUUUUGUGUUACGUUCUUUGUUCUUUUUAAAUAUUUUAUAAAGUGGCUUUAAAAUAUUAUUAUCAGUGGCUUAAAAA